CAUGAAGACUCCGUCUCUGCUCCUCGGUGUGUCUGUGCUGCUGUCUGGACUGACUGUUUCUGCAGUCUUUUUGGACAUCCAUCCAAACCGUCCUCAGUUCUUCUCAGGAGAGACGGUGACUCUGAGCUGUGGAGGACUUCAGGACUCUGCUGGAUGGACUCUGAAGAGGACAGAUGUGUAUCUGAGGACUAAACCGUGCGGUGGAGGCUUCGGACGGAUGGACGGUUCAUCCUGUGUCGUCUCAGACCUCUCCUCUUUAGACAGUGGGUCUUACUGGUGUGAGGACGGAGAUGGACAGAGGAGCGACGAGCUCAGAGUCUUUGUGUCUGAUCACGUGAUCCUGGAGAUUCCCGCUCUGCCUGUGACGACAGGAUCUCAGGUGACUUUACGCUGCAGGUCCAGGUCUGAGGACUACAAACUGAGAGGGAUCAUCAGAGCCAGGAUCGUCGGAGACAGGACCAGCAUCAGCACCCUGUCCUCUGAGUUCACCAUCCAUCACGUCCAACAGUCUGAUGAGGGCAGCUACACCUGUCUGACUGUGAGCGACAGUAAGAUGAAGAAGUCAGGGUGGAGCAGACUGACAGUGACAGCUCCUCCUCCUGAAACCUGCUCUCCAUCUACACCUCCUGACACCACUACCUCCUCCUUUUCCUCCUCCUCUCCCUCUCCCCCCUCCCCACCCCCACCAUCCCCUCCUCCUCCUCCUCUCCUCUCCCCCCCCUCUGUCUCUGUGCUCAGUCUGUUGAUCUUCUGUCUCCUCGUCUUCAUCGUCCUGAUGGUGUCGAUCUGCUGCAGCAGGAGGAGAGGAAACAAACCAGCCGUCUCCAUGACGACAACCCAUCUUGUUGGAGAGGACGAUGACAUCGCUGCUGAUGUCACCACUGAGCAUGACCCUGAAACCAGGAAGUUAGUUAGCAUGUUAGCAUGUUAGCUCUUCCUGUUGUCAGUGUGUUUCUGGUUAAAUGUCUGAAAUAAGGUCUGAGACAUUUUCAGGUUUGAUUCUGGGACAUAAAAUGGGUCAGUAAAUCCCCCACUCCUGAUGUUUGAAGCUUUUACGUGUCUUAAAAAAGGCGGUUGUGACAGUGAUGUGUCUGAAAUCGUUUUCUUGCUUUUACUAAGUUUAAAGAUCCACAAACAGUUUAGACUUUAAGUGAUGAGUUUAAAAUAAAACCUUCAGUUCAACUGUUCCACUCCACUGUGUUUCUAAUAAUAAAUAUAACUACUGUAACUUUUUCUACCAAUGCACUGAGGAGUUUUCUUGUUGCUGGGUGGAUAUCUCACCUGCUGAGCUGUGAUUGGCUGAGCUGUACCUGUAGAAGUUUCCUGGUUACACUUUGACUUCACUUUUGAGACUAUUAAAACUUUGAUUCAUG